GUGCUUGAACAAAUACGUUGACUUGGCGCCUGAAUGUUAAUUAUAUAAAAGUAUCUUUUAAAAUUCGGCAUGGAGGUAGUAGUCACAAGCGAAUGUUCAGGUCAAUUAUGGAACACAUGUAUUUGGGAACCAUUGACUGGCACUACGUUACGGACAUUUAAAGGUGGAAUUUCGGGUUCUCAAUCGCUCUGUGUAGUCGGUGGAGAUUACUUGAUUGCCUCCAUAAAAGACAAACCCAUUAUACAGGUAUGGGCGUUGAAUAGGCAAGAUCAGAUCACAACUAAAAUGAUAAUGCCUGGCAUCGUUCAAGUUUUGGCAAUUUCUCCGUGCAACAACUUUUGUGUGGGGGCCCUCAGUGAACAGUUGUUGGUCUGGCAAUUGUCAACUGGAAAAUUAGUGGCAUCACUUAGACGUCACUAUCAAAAUGUGUCUGACGUGAAAUUCACAGCAGACUCUUCACGGUUUGUAAGUGCUGGAGCUGAAGGCCUGGUUCUGCUCUGGAGUUUGGAGACGGUCUUACACUCCAAGGAAUGCGAACCAGAUUCGACAUGGUCAGACCAUUCUUUACCAGUGACUGGCCUCCAUGUGACAAAAUCGCUGAUUCAACCUUUGGCGUUUUCAGUAUCUCUCGAUCAAACGUGCAAAAUUCGAGAUCUGAACACUGGCAGAACGUUAUUCAACAUACAAUUCGGUCAGCCGUUGCGUUCGGUUGCGGUUGACCAUGCCGAAGAAAGUUGUUACGUCGGUUCUCAGGAGGGAAAGAUUUACAGAAUAGAUUUAUUGGAUCCUCCCCGUGGUGUUGAACAAAUGGUGGACGAGACGGCGUCGAAGAAAAUGUUUGUGGGCCAUGAGAAAGCUGUCACAUGCCUGAGCGUAUCAAUGGACGGCUGUCAUUUACUAAGCGGUUCGGAUGACGAAAGCGCUCGUGUAUGGGACAUGGCCAGCGGGCAAUGCGUCCGCAUUCUGGCACACCGUGGACCAUUAACGAAUGCAUUUUUCGCUCCACGAUACAAACAUUUGGAUACAGACAAGUUUCAUCCACGGGUCAUCAUCAACACAUUUGAAAAGAAACGCCACGACGGCCAGUUGAAUGCCGACAGCGAUACAAACGUCCAAUUGUUGAUGCGCUGUCCACCUUUGAUGGAAUCGUUCGACUCUGAACGUCAGUCGAAUUCCUUAUUGGGCAAAAGCGAAGGCCAAGCGUCGAGUGAAGUGGUGCAAAACGAGCUGAGCCAUUUGAAGUACGUCAAUCGGCAAUUGUACGCGUUUGCCGUCGACAAGAUUCUCAAGAACGAUACGACGUGUACGACAAGCGAUAACAAGAAACGCAAAUAAUGCAUUUCCAAACGAUUGAACUUGUCGUUGACAGAAAACAAAUGGACAAGUGAAUAAAGAAUUGUUGAAGAUAAAGAA